UCUUAAUCCCCACCAUUCUUAAAGUUAUAUCUAAAGUGGAGUUUGCUUCAUCAACUGUUCUGCAAAAGGAAACAAGGAUGGGUGACACAAAUCCUUAUUUGUUGAAUUUUAAGGGCUAUAAUUUUGAACGUUCUUUAGUUGAUGUUAACCUACUAGAAAACCUAGAUGAUUUUGAAGUCAGGGAUGACGAUAUCUUCAUUGUUACGUAUCCCAAAUCUGGUACCAUCUGGACUCAGCAAAUAUUGAGCCUGAUUUGCUUUGAGGAUCAUCGGUACAGAACUAAACAUGUGGAUACAAUGGACAGAGCCCCCUUCCUGGAAUACAAUAUACGCAGUAUGGACUUUCUCAGCAGGCCAUCCCCUCGCAUCUUUACUACCCACAUGCCUUAUUAUCUAGUACCAAAAGGCCUCAAGAAGACAAAGGCUAAAAUCAUUUAUGUCUACAGAAACCCCAAAGACGUGCUGAACUCAUUUUACCAUUUCUCGAAGGUGGUGAUUACACUGGAGGCUCCACAAGACUUAGAAAAUUAUAUGAAAGCAUUUCUAGAUGGUGAAGUGGUAGGAAGUGUUUGGUUUGAUCACAUCAGAGGCUGGUAUGAGCACAGACAUGACUUCAAUAUUCUAUUUAUGAUGUACGAGGAGAUGAAGAAGGAUCUCAGAAGCUCUGUAUGCAAAAUCAGUCGUUUUCUUGAGAAAGAGCUGAAUGAAGAAGAUAUAGAUGCUGUGGUGCAACAGGCCACGUUUAAGAACAUGAAAUCUGAUCCCCAAGCAAAUUAUCAAAGUAUAUUGAAAAAUGAAAUUGGGAUAAGAGGAUGUGAUGCGCAGUUCCUGCGUAAAGGUACCAUUGGAGACUGGAAAAAUCUUUUGACUAUGGACCAAAGUGAAAGAUUUGACAGAAUAUUCCAGAGGAAGAUGAAGGAUAUACCCUUGAAGUUCAUUUGGGAUAUAAAUGAGGAAUAAAAUCAGUGCAAGAGAACAAUAUAAACACCUGACAACAACAAAACAUAUAUAUUAAUUUAGGAUGUAAUAGGAUACAUGUGGAUAUUUGUCUUAUGUAAAAUUAUGUUUUUUUAAUUUACUAACAAAAAUCUACUUAACAGCAAGCUAGCUCACUUGGAUACCGUGCUUGUUUUGUCAUGGGCGUGACCUGGAAUGGAACCCAGCUAUCAUGGCGCUGAGAAAUGCUUUGUUGCUGUGGUAUAUUUUUGUCUGCCUCUCUAUCUCUGUUUCUCUAUCUCCAAAAGUUGACCUGCACGAGUGAUAUAUAAUAAAUAUAUAAAUAAAUAAAUGAAUUUAACUGUAUUUAGACUAGAUAUCAUAGAUUUGGUUCUCUGACAUUCAAAAAAUUAAAAUGAUUUUGAGGGCAGGCUAUAUUGGUAGCAUGCAUUAUGCAGAGACAUUCAGAGAACAUACAACAUGACCCCUAAAUGCACUGAGACUCGUUAAUGUGUAUUAUUUCUUUACCUAGAAUUAAAUUUAGCAUCAAUUGAUAUUAAAUGCCUUUUCUUCUAAUGGUAAA